AAGGUGACACCCACCACCUCUCUUCCUCAGCGAGCAGUGAGUCUACCCGAGCUGACUCGGCCGCUUGGCUUCUUUCAAAGCAGCGGUCGAGAUUACUUUUAUGGCUGCCCCUCUUCGUUCAAUAAGUCAACUCGGGGUGAACAGUUCUUCCACGUCUGACAGGCUUUAUCCUCUCGUCCAAGAGGAACGAGCGUAAGAUAAAAGGAUGUCAUCCCGAGGUCCAAACGACCUGUGUAUGAUAUGCGGAGGGGUUCUCCAGGGUAACCAGAGGCGUUGGCUUUUUGGGGGUCACCACAAAAGGUCCGGUAAGCCUCAGACUCCCACAAGAUCCCUGAUGGAUGGAAGCCUGUCAGGGUCUUCGCCAAGCAGUCCCUGGGGCAGCACGUCCUCUCUGGCCUCGUCAUCUUCCCUGUCCAAAUCGCAACUGUACCUGGGCUCCCCGUCCAAGUCCUCGGACCUCCUAUCAAUUCUGACACAUAUCGUGGGCGGGCCGCCACGCCGCGGUGCGGGCUGUGGGGAGUUCGUGUGUGGCAAAUGCAGCUCAGUCCUGGAACGUGUCUUCAAGUUUGAUACGGUCAUCGCUAGGGUGAGGGCCCUUUCAUCAGAGAGGCUCAUCAAGCUGAUUCAAGAGCGAGACCGCGUGCGGCGUUGGGUGCGUGACAACUACGUACGCAGGUGCCCGCCGAGCGACGACGACAAUGAGGAGCGGGCGGGUGGCGACAAUGGCAAGGACAACUACCGGGAAAUGUUGAAGGAUAACAUGGCACUGGCCGAGUACGAGUACUGGUCGGAGAAGUGGGAUGCAUGUCCAUAUUUCAUACGGACAGGUAAAAGGUGCCGAAAGGGUCAAAACUGCGAAGGCUGCGACUCCUUGCGCGUGUCCGACUCUGACUAUGAGUCGGUGUGCGGCGUACCUCGCCGAAUGCCGUACCAGGCAUUUUCCCCGCUGCCUUUAUCCCGCGACAAAUCCCAGAGCAUGCCGCUCCAUUGGCAUCCAGUCACAUCCACCUGCUCCCGACCCACCUCGCCGGCGGUGUCCACCUUCUCCCUGCGGACUGCUUCCAUCCAGUCCCUCGACUCCCUGGAAGGGCCGUCAGACUCGCCAGGUGACUCCUCGCUGGGCUCUAUGCUAAGGGAGCUCCUGAGCCCGGGAUUGAGGCCGGUCCGCUCACCGGCGGGUAGCAGGAUUCCCAUUCUGGCUGGGCGGAGGCGUUCAAGCCAGAUAUCACCCUUGGUGAACAGGAGCCUGAGUUUUGGGGAGAACGGAGAUCAUCACGCUGGAGAGGAGGUGGAUCAUGUCACGAUGGAAAUGGAGGACGAGUUCCUGCCACUGCAUCAGCAGAGAACCUCCCAAAGGCUCAAUCAGGUGGUCAAGCACCUGCGAGGUCGCCUGGACCGUGCCGAGGCCCAUGUCAGGACCUUGGAAGCCCAGCUGAAACUUGGGAUGCCCCAGGAUGACACAGUCCAGGGAUGGACACAACUUAUGCGUGAGGAGGACGGCGCCUGCCUAUUGCCCGGCCUGGCCUGCUCGCUGCACAGUCGCGAUCGCCUCAUCCAGGAGUGCAUGAGUGUGAUCAGAAGAGUGUGUUCAGAAGGAGGCGGAAGAAGCCAGUUUACGGAUGAGUUUGCCUGCAAACUUGGAGAGAAUAUGAAAGAAAUUGUACAGGACAACAAGGUUGCUAUGGAGAGUUUGGUGCGCCAGUUAACAGAGAAAGAAAAACAACUGCAGGAAGAAGUGUCUUCCCUGAGGGAGGCGGCUGGCGACCGUGAGAAAGACCUGGACAAGCUCAACACAGUGCUGCAGUGCAACCAGGACGUCAUAGACGAUCUCCGCAUAGAUCUAGGUGAGAAGCAGCGCCUCCUGCAGGAGUUGCACAAGGAGAGGGAGGUGUGGACACAGAGGGAGCGGGCCCUCACUGCCACUGCUCGCGACACAGAUCAACUGGUCCGUAUCCUCAAGGUGGAGCUUGAAAGCAGCAUGAAAGACGUUCAGGCUCUCUCUGACUCGGUGAUCGGUCAAGGCCUGGUAGGGGGCGGGGCCGAGGCAGCCUUGGCUUCCCAACUGCGAGACACGCAGAGUCGCCUUGUGGCCGUGUUGGAGGAGCGAGAGACGGAGAGCGCCACCUUGUGUCGGGAGGUCACGAAGCUCAGUGCGGCCCUGCAGGAGUACCAAAAUGUGGUUCAGAGUCGACAGGAGAGCUUCGAGCAUACGACGUCCUGGCUGACGUCUCAGCUAACAGACGCCAAGCGUGCGCUGCGCGACCAGGAGCAGCGCAGGAAGGAGGCCGAGAAAGCCGAACGGCAGAGGCAACAGGACGGAGAAAGGGCCGAGAGAAAGCUAAGAGACAGUCUGGAGAAGAGGGACCAACUCAUUCAACAAAUUCUCCAAGACGCGGAGGAGCGCGAUCGUCAGUUUGAGGAGCUUCAACACAAUUUGCACAAGAAACGAGAACAGUGCGUGUCGGCCGUCAAACAUGCCCUGUGAGCGGCGUGGGAACCAAUCAGCAGAUGAAGAUUUUGCACUUUUAGAGCGGUACUACUUGUUAAGACAUGGAUUUUGUUCUAUUCAUAUCCAAAGGUUUGCACUUUGAUCUGCCGAGUUGGGGUAUAGAAUGUACAUUUUUUAGGCCUCAUAGAUCUCAAUAAGGAGGUGCAUCGAUUUAGAAAAUUAGCGCAUCACUGUAAUUCAAUGUUUAGACUGGUUUGUGUGUUUGGAAUUGAACACCAAAAAGGCUCUUUUUAAAGAGCUACUUUGGUCUUCUACUUUUAGAUUUUGCGUGAUUCAUGGGUUGUUGUUUUUUUUUUUUUUUUCCCCAAAUGGUCCUUUUUGUUCUAAUUCAAUGAAACUGAGCAUUCACUGCCACUUCUCCAAUUAUUCAGUGCCAUUGGGCGUCUAGCACCGUCAACGGCAGCCAAUGAGAUCAUGUCUGGGAAGUUGAUUUUUUUUUUUCUUUAGUUUUUUAGCUCAAGAGAAUUAAACACUCUGAUCCAAAUAUUGGCUUCUUUUUUACAUGAUGUGAUAACGGAAAUGAAAUUUGAGCAACUUGCUCAAUCCUAUUGCAGUUCAAAAAUUUUUGCUAUAGAUAUGCUUAUCGCAAAGAAGCAAUCAAAUAAAUACUAUGAUUAUUGUAGAUCAUAUUAGAAUUUCAAAUGCAAUUUCAAAUGCAUCACGAUUCUCCAUCCCUGACAUUGUUAAGUUGAC